AUGUUGAGUAAUAAUUUUCUUCUUCCAGAUGAAGAUAUUCAGAAUAAUCCUUGUUUUAGCAACACUUUUUCACCAGAGCGUGGUAUAUCUACUUAUGUCUUUACUUUUGGUUCAGCAAAUCCAAAUUGUACCACUGUGGCUACAGUGAAUGGCACUCAUGUUACUUACAGCCUUGAUGUUUUGUUUAAAUAUAACACAACCGGUCUCCUCGUCAUCUUUUAUAACAGUAUAAACGUAACCUUUGUUUGUUCAUACCCUUUGCACAUGGAUGCAAGUCUAGAUAUAAGUGUGAGUCCUUUGUUAAGAACCAACAGCAUAACUGUUGCAGGAUCUAUGACCUAUGUUACUACAAUGCAGAUGUACAAGUACUCAAACUAUACAAGGCCCUACACAGUCAAUGACAUGCCACUUGUCUUUAUUGUUGGAACACCAGCGUACAUAGGAGCAAGUGUCCAAGGUGCAGAUCCAUCCAUGUUUGCACUCAAAGUGCAGUCGUGCUAUGCAACACCUACCCACGAUUCAAAUGACCCUAUAAAAUACCCCAUUAUCUCUGGUGGAGAAAUAGAUGUCAAAAAGAAGUGGGCCACCAACAAGCACUGGGGAACUUUGCUAGUGACUGGCCUCUUGGUGGAGAGGUCUUACCUGUUUUGA